GCCAUCGUAUGGUACGAAGCUGUCCGGAUGUUUUGUCCAGCCAGUCGGCGAGGUUCAUGCGUCACCCUUUGUGCCUUUAGUUGUGUCUCACAUCAAGAUUUGGAAGGUUGUGUCAGCUUGCCUCUCAUCUUGUCAGGACAGCGAGCUUCAAGACGAUGACAGGCGAGAUGAGGGUGGGUGAGGACGAGAGAAUCCUUUCUGUAGCAGCUCUGGGUCGUCCUUUUCGUCUAGGGAUGCUUUAUGAUAGCAGAACCGAGAAGAUGAUCCCUGGGAUAACGCUGUGGGACCAGAGUACUCUUGAGAAGAGAACAGUGCAGCAACUAGAGACCAGUGAUUUUCACGUGCUGUGUUCCGAUUCCCUGGACGACAAAGCCUCUGCGCUGGAGGUAGAUGCUUCCCUCAAACUCAGCUUUUUGGGAGGUCUUGUGGACGUCCAAGGAGCAGCAAAAUACCUGGAUAAUAGAAGGAAUGCCAACAACCAAGAACGCGUAACUCUAUACUACAAAUGCACCACUAAGGCAGAGAGCAUGACGAUGGAACAACUGGGUCAAGGUAAAGUUCAGCAUCCGGAUGUUUUUGAUCACGGCACAGCGACACACGUCGUCACAAGUAUAGUAUAUGGGGCACAGGCAUUUUUCAUCUUCGACAGAAAUCAAUCGUCAUCAGAUCAUGACAGAAAGGUAGGGGGUGAUGUGCAUGACAUAAUCAAGAAAAUACCUACCAUACAAAUAAAUGGGAAAGGCGAGCUAGAAAUGUCACAAGACGACAAGAAAAAAACUGAACAGUUUACGUGCAGGUUUUUUGGAGAUUAUCUGUUGCGUCAGAAUCCCACGUCUUUCUCAGAAGCAGUGAAGCUCUACCAAGAACUUCCAAAGCUUCUGGGUAUAGGAGGAGAAAAUGCUGUUCCUAUCAAGGUGCAACUCUACCCGCUUACUCUUAUUGACAGGAAAGCCACCAAACUAAUUCGAGAGAUCAGUAUUAACCUUAUCAGUGAAACUGAAAUGUUUUUUGAGGAAAUGCAUGAACUGAACAUGAAGAGCAAAGAUAUUCUGAAAACUGAUGCAGUAAAAAGUUUCCUUGCUAUUCAGAAUCAAAUGCAAGAGUUUAUAAAUUUAACAGAGACUUACAAGCGUGUGAUACAGAGGGAACUCUCUGUGCUGUUACCUCGGAUCAGAGGCGGUGGGGAUGAAGAGAGAAGCUUGGUGGACCUCCUCAACAAGAUGAAUAGGUCACCAGUCAGUGUUCUCGCUCUCCGCUCCUGGCUCCAAGCAAAGAACACUCAGAUAAAGGUUCUCAACGAGUAUAUACGGGCCAUGGCUGAUAUAAAAUUUGCCACGGAACCAGGUGAUUUGGAGUCCAUUGUCAUGAGUCCUAAGAAUACUUAUUGCCUAUGCCUAACUAUUUCACUGCCAUCCAAUGAUUCCCAGCUAGAUAAAAUGAAGCAAUAUUGUCAUGAAACACGAACCUCAAACAGUUGCGAGAAGGAAGAUCACAUGGACAUCAGACCACUACAAGUAAACAGUAUACCCAUGAUGGAAGUGGUUGGUGUAUUCAGGGACUUCUAUAACGCUAAUGAGUCCAAGAAAGGAGUUGCUUUUUUAGUGGCACAAGAAUUUUCAGAAUCUGAUGUAUUUCAUGCUCGUGUGAAAUACUACAAGCACGGCAGAAUGAUAAAUAAUGAUUAUGGACUGCCAUCAGCGCCGGAGAAGCUGACAGCAAUGGUCGAAGAUACCACGCACAAAAGUAUCACCGUCAGCUGGAGCCCUCCUAAAUAUGGAACUUCGUUCAUCACUUCCUACGUUGUCGGCUGCUGCAAGGACGCCACUGAAGAAGACGUCUCGAGGGUCACUGUAGAUUGUGAUGUGAGACAAGUCACCAUUCCAGGCCUGGCCGCUAACGCGGAAUACGAGGUGCGAGUGUGCGGCAGGUGUGAGGUCGGAGAUGGUCCAGUAGGAGAUGCCAAGGUUAUGGUGAAGACUAAACCUGCCAGUAAACCCGAAAUGCCUCGAGCACUGAAGGUAUCUAAGAAAAAAGUCUUGCUCAAGUGGCAAGCCCCGACGUGUGUGGGCGACGGAUGCAGUGUUGAGGAGUAUAUCAUCAAACAAGAGAUAGAAACUGAUCAAUGGGAAGAAAGCCUUCGCGUUCCCUCAGAUAAAUGUUCAUGCAACGUAGAGAGCUUCUCCAACACUGUUCCCAAAUUCAAGGUCGCAGCAUCUUGUGGUUCAGCUGGACUCAGCUGCGAUAGUGAACCGUGCACUGUAGACCUUACCAAACCGCCCACCUGUGAAAACCUAAAGCAGUACCUUUGUGCUAAUUCACUUAUAGAUUCAACCAAUCCACACAUCUACAUACCUGAGCUAAGGCUGGUUUCAAGUAAAGCCAAGGAUAUGAUUGAGAAAUAUGAGUUUGGAGAAAAAAAGUUUGACGUCCAGGAGAAAGUAAUCAUGCUGGUGGGCGCCACUGGUUCGGGCAAGACAACACUCAUAAAUGGUUUUAUCAAUUACAUCUUUGGAAUUGAAUGGAAGGAUCCUUUUCGUUUCAAGAUGAUCGUGGAACCCAAUGUAGCAAAUCAAGCUAUGAGUCAGACCACCAAAAUUACUUCGUACACCAUCCACCACCUGGAAGGUUUCCGGGUACACUACACCCUCACCAUCGUCGACACUCCAGGCUUUGGCGACGUGAGCGGCAUCAUGAAGGAUAAAGAGAUUACUGAAAAAAUUCGGAAGUUUUUCACGAAUUGUGGUGAAAACGGCAUCACUCAUAUCGACGCCGUUGGUUUUGUUGCCAGCUCUUCACUGCCUAGACUCACCCCAACACAGAGCUACAUCUUUGAGCAAAUUUUGUCACUGUUCGGAAAGGACAUUGCUGACAAUAUAUUCCUUCUCCUUACUUUUGCUGAUGGCAAGAAGCCGCAGGUUCUAAGUGGAAUCAAAGAAGCUAAAAUACCAUUUAAGAAGUACUUCAAGUUUAAUAACUCUGCAUUAUAUGCUUUCCAAGGUGAAGAACGUAGGAAUGAAAAUGACAGUGAUGAAGAAGAUGGAGGUUUUGAUACGAUGUUUUGGGAAAUGGGAGUAAAGAGUUUCUCUCUAUUUCUAGAUCAACUUAAAUUUAUGGAAAGCAAGAGCCUUGUUCUUACACAAGAUGUUCUCAACGAGAGGAAUAGGCUUCAGAUCUAUGUUGCAGGUAUACAGAGGGACAUCAGGCAAGGACUCACUACUCUGGAGAGACUUAAGAAAGAAAAAGAAAUUCUCGAAAAGCACCAUGCUGAUAUAGAAAGGAACAAAGCCUUUUGGUAUGAAGUUGAUGAAGAGGUAUUUGUGACUGUCCCCAUACCUGCAGGCCAGUAUGUAACUAACUGUCUUAACUGUAACCGUACGUGCCACGAAUUCUGUAAAAUCCCUGAGAACAAUUUGAAGAAAGGGUGUUGGGUCAUGACUGAUGGCUACUGCCGCGUCUGCCCGAACAAAUGCAUAUGGUCUGUGCACAAGAACUUUCCAUAUAAAUAUGAAUUGGAAAUAAAAAAGGUUAAGAAAACAGUCGAUGAACUUCGUCAGCGUUAUGAAGAAGCCAGCAAGAAAAAACUUAGUACAGAAAACCUCAUUGAGGAAGUCAAUGAAGAGUUUAAUGCUUUAAAGGUUAAAGUUUUAGGAAUAACACACUCUGUGAGGAUGGCUCUUCAGAGGCUUCAAGAAAUAGCUCUCAGACCAAACCCGAUGACCACGGUGCAAUACCUCGACGUUCUUAUGGAGAACGAGAAGUGCCAGGGACUUCCAGGAUGGCAGGCCAGACUAGAGCAGCUCAUCAUCGUCAGGAAGGAGGCAGAAUAUAUGGAAAUGAUAGCCAACAAAGGAUUUGAUCCGUUCAAGCAAUACGCAGAGAAAUUAGAGUUAAAGAUGAUGAAUUCGAAGAAUAAGGCCUGGGCUAAAGUCUUCCAGUACUUCAAGAUGUAGUAUAAUUAGAAACUAGUGAUUCUCUUCGUAGGAAACAAGAUCUGAGUAAACACGAAUUAAAGGAUCUUACUUUUAUGCAAGUACAUGUACAAGUGUCUGUCUACGAGUAUGUAUAUAUUAUAUAUCUUUUCAUCUGUCUACGAUAAGUAAAAAAUAAAAAAAAUGUUAGCUUUGCAUUUUUAUGAAUGGUUCCAGUCAGUACUCCUCCCCACACAUUUUCCUGUGCUAUUUCAGGAGAGGAGCUGUACAUAAUGAUCACCUCCUUCAUGUAAAAAUAUUCAAUAUCAAGCACACAAGAUAGGGAUGAUUCUGUGAUUAGAGAUGAACUGUACAUGGGAAUGAUUUUUUUUAAUGUAACAUCUUUGCAUUCAUGUUAUUUUCUUGCCCUCACGCAACCCCCUGAAUGCUUCGCAGCUCCGCUGAGUCUGAUACCACAGCCUGACAACUUCUUUUUUAUAGAUGCUCUUUCUUUCUUUCUUUUCUUUUUUUUUUUUUUUCCAAACAUGGUUUUCUGAUUAUUUUCAUGUUCAAUUCACUGGACUAAAAUGUUUGUAAUUUCUUGAAGAACGCCAGCCUUAAGAAUAAAUUCUUUUUCUCUUUCUACAAAGAUGAAUUUUGAGAAAAGUUUUAUGGAAUGUCUCUAUGUUGUCUUUGUAUUUUUAGAAAAUUAAUUUGGUUGGUAUUACUGUGGCUCCGUAUAAUAAUUAAAAUUCUUGACAUAAUGUACGUAGAUACUGUAAUAUAUUGUGCUCAUAUUUUAUCAUCUCAAAUAACUGGUCAAUCUUAUUACUUUGGGCUUUUUCUUUUCUUAUAAUAUUAAUUAUGUUCACACACACACACACACACACACACACACACUCGGAUGCCUUUGUGUGCAAUGUAGGAGUCAGACAAGGGGAAAAUUUAUCACCCUUGCUCUUUGUUUUUAUAUUAAUGACAUGGAGAAUAAGUUACUGGAACAUGGUUUUAAUUAUAUUAAUUUUAGUGAUGAUUUUAUAAAUACAUAUUUGAAACUUCUAGUUCUUAUGUAUGCAGAUGAUACAAUUAUACUAUGUGAUACUGAAGAGGAAAUGAGGCAGGCAUUGUUGGUUUUGUAUGAUUAUUGUAAUGAAUGGAAAUUAAAACUUAAUUGUAACAAAUCAAAAAAUUUUUGUGUUCAGCAGAGGAAGGGUCCACCGAGAUAAUUAUGAUUUUGAGUUUGGUAAUGAAAACAUUGAAGUGGUUGAGGAUUACAAGUAUUUGGGUAUAUUAUUUAAUUAUAAUGGGAGAUUUCGGAAAGGAGAGUUAGAUCUUCAUGAACAUAGAACAAGGGCACUGUAUUCAAUAAUAGGAAAGUAUAGGAAGUUUGAUUUUCCAGAUGCUAUGUAAGUUGAUUUGUUUAAUACCAUGGUAUUGCCAAUAAUGACUUACGCAUGUGAGAUUUGGGGACACUCUGUUGUUAGAGAGAUAGAGUUGUUACACUUGAGUUUUUUUAAAACAUAUAUUAUAUGUACAUAAAAGGACUAGUAAUGAUAUGAUAUAUGGCGAACUUGGUGUAUAUACACUUAAUAUUUAUAUUAAGCGUAAAUUGAUAGGUUACUGGGCGAGAAUGAUUUCCGGCAAAGAAACUAAAUUGUGUUUUGUUAUGUAUAGGUGUUUACUGCAUUUAGAUAGGUUAGGUAUUUAUACUUUACCAUGGUUAGCCUGUAUCAAGAAUAUCUGUGAUGAAUGUGAAAUGUUAAGGUUGUGGUUAUCACAAAGUGUUCCUAAUGUGAUAUAGGUUAAAAAAGCUAUAGAGUUAAGAUUGAGGGACCAGUGGAUAACAACUUGGCGUAAUAACACUGAAACAAAAUCUUUAUGCAGUAACAAUAGGAUAAUUAAAAUGAAUUAUGGUAUGGAAGAAUGCAUGGUCAAGAUGCAGAAGACCAACCGUAUUUUGCUGACUAAAUUAAGAACUUUGAAUAACAAGUUGCCUGUUAAUGUUGGUAGGCACACUGGUGUAACUAGAGAAGAUCGAAUCUAUAGUAAGUCUGAUGCCGACGUUGUAGUUGAUGAAUAUCAUGUUCUUUUCGUUUGCAAUAACGCAGAUAUUGUGAUGUUAAGGGCGAUGUAUGUACCAGAACAUUAUGCUUGCAGCCCUACAUACUUUAAGUACGCUUUGUUGAUGCAAACCACGAAUGUAAACAUUCUUAAAAAUUUAACUUUGUUUGUGAAAGCAGUUUUAAGUAUGUUUGGGUAAGCUUUGUGUAUCUCAAAACCUAAUUUUUGUUUUAUUGUUAAUCACUUGCAAAUAGUUAUUUUUAGGAUUGUAAAUUUAUACCAUUUAUUUAUUGUAGGAGCUGUGCUCCAUACUUUUAUAAGUCUGAGCAUACCAAUAAAUACAAAAUUCAAUUAAAAAAAA